AGACAAUCUUUGUUUCUAAUCAGUGCGCGUCACGGUGGCGUGUAAGUGUUGGUGCUGCUCAGUCCACCAACGCGCCUCCGCCAUGAGCACACGGAGCAAAGUAUUCGGAGGCCUGGGCGUGGUUAUCGCGUUGGUGGCCGUGGGACUCAUCGUGUACUUCACGACCCGGGGAACAGACUGCCCCGGCCCUGCAACCGCUUCCCCUCCUGCCCCUUUCACGGAACCAGCCGCCCCUACAACCCCCGCCCCAGCACCAGAGGGGCCCGUGGUACGGGUGCAGCAAGGAUCUCUCGAAGGACUGAACAAGUGGACUCGAGGGACGGGCGCCAAUCACGUGCAAUAUGCGGCGUUCUGGGGCGUGCCCUACGCCAAGCCUCCCGUGGGACCUCUCAGAUUCAAGGCCCCGAGACCGCACCCGGCGUGGACAGGAGUGCGACCGGCCAAGCAGGCAGGGCCCAGGUGCGCCCAGGGCAAGGACGGCGACCUGGAGGGCAGUGAGGACUGCCUCUUCUUGAACGUGUUCACCACAAACCUUAACAAGUCGCAGAAGCAACCCGUGUACGUGUUCGUGCACGGAGGCGGGUUCCCAUACGGCGCGCCGACAGUAACGCGCUUCGGACCAGACUACCUGCUCCCCCACGGCGUCGUCGUGGUCACCGUGCAGUACAGGCUCGGCGCUCUCGGUUUCCUCAGUCUCGACACGGAGGAAAUCCCCGGCAACUGCGCGCUCAAGGACCUCGUGGCGGCCCUGCAGUGGGUCCACAACAACAUCGCGGCCUUUGGCGGCGACCCCGACAAGGUGACGAUCGGUGGGCAGUCUUCCGGCGCGUCCUUGGCGGGCUGGCUCACCAGGCUGCCGGAGAUGAAAGGUAUCAUUCACGGGGCCACCCUCAUGAGCGGUUCCCCCUUCCACAACUGGGCCUACACGGAGACGCACGUGCAGACGGCCCUCCAGGUGGCGUCCAACAUCGCCCACAAGACCGUCACCGACACCAAAGACGCGGAGCAGUACUUGAUGAACGCGUCCAUCGAGGAGUUGCACGUCAACGCCAUGCUCGCCAUCAAUGCAGUGGCGGAGUCUCAGCCAGAGGUGCCCGUCGUCCCCACCCCCGAGAGGCGCCCCCGUGUGUCUGGCGGAGAGCCACUGCUAAUCGUCAAGGACAAAGAGAGCUACUUCCUGCAGCCGGAAGCGCCGGCCAUCCCCAUGUUGAUUGGCAGCACCAACAAGGAGAUGCUUCCCUAUUACUACAGCAACAACCCACGGUCAGAAGCCAGUAUCGACCAAGAGUUAGUCGAUAACAUAGCCCACCACGUCCCCAAGGACCUCCUCCCUUACCAGGACACGCGGAAAAUUCUGGGCCUGCCUGAUGUACAAAUUGACUACAACACGAUACUUGAGGAAGUGAAAAAGGGAGUACGCGAGGCGGCCACGGUGACACCUGGCUGCGACCUUGGAUGCACUCUGAAGACGUACUUCGACAACGUCUGGCAAACUACGGAUAUGCAUCGUCUGGCGAUGUUCAGGGCCAAAGAAAACCAAGCGGAGACUUAUCUCUUCAAAUUCAGUGUGAGAACGGACGUGAACCAGCCCUUGAACGUCCCGACGGACAUCAAAGACGUGGCGACUCACGCGGACGACCUCGGAUACUACAUGACAAGACUCAUUGACUUAGACCCCAAACAGGACGCUGACUUGGCUAUAAGGAGAGUGACCGCGCUGUGGACGAACUUCAUCAAGUAUGGCAAGCCCGUCCCGAAAACCGACCCGCAAGUCCUGACUACAGACUGGCCUCCCAACACCUCCUCUGGCAACGACGUCACCUUCCUAGAGAUGAAAACAGAUGCAUUUUUCCUGCGUCAAGAAAGCUUCAGCGGUCCGAUGAUUCAAUUCUGGCAGGAUCUGUACCAUAAAUACAGAUCAAAAGCUCCAAAUCCCGUCGAGAAGCAGUCAGUGCGAGCGCCGGGUCGGGAGCGCGGUCUUUGAGCAGCCUGUGGUUCCAGACAGCGGUUUGCAGGACAAGCAGACACGCUGACGAGAGAGACUCUGUUAUGAAACUAUCACUUGUCACUUUAUGCAGCUGAAAAAGUUACCAUGAUUGUCGUUAUCCUGGAUGCCGAGACUGAAUUCUGAUACUCACCCAUUUCCGUUUCUAAAAUAAUCGCCCCCUUGCAAAAUAAUAGAGAGGGGUCGCGCAGUAUGUGAACACAAGCACAUGAGCCGUAUUAAAUAAACUAUCAUUUCGACACAUGGCGGCGAGUGAAACCGCGCUUUAAGCCACCGACCGUGUUAACUUAUUGAUCUUUUUAUCUACGAGUCCAGCCACUUGUGGUUUUUCCCUGACCGAUAGUAUAAGGGACAUUCCAUGUGAAGUCAACCAGGCCUUAGCCACCAUGGGCUCCGAUCAGGUUCUCGUUUUCAGGGUUUGUUACCCCUAAGGCCCCAUGAAAUAAUCGGUUUGCAGUCCGGUCCCCCAGCCCCUGGGCUAUGGCCAAUUUACUUUUUGCUAAAUAUUGGAACAAUGCAACUUUGGAGAGUAAUAUCUCAGCAACCAUUGGUCGUAGAUCAAAUCCGAGACCAGAUUUGGAAAGAUGAUGAAAAGAUUCAUUGUCUUUAAAGAUAUUAUGUCCAAAAACUUUUAAUAACUUUGAAACUUUAGUAAAGUUUUAAAAUAAGCGCCAUUUCCUAGAUCCUCAACCGAUUUGGACCAAUCUGGGCUUAAAGGAUAGCUAAACCCUUCCCUAAUCCAAAAAAUGUGUUCGUCUUCGUUCCCGGGAACGAGCCAUUUUCGUUAACCCCUGCAAUUACGUAUUUCACCAAAUUGUAGUGACGGCCGCACUCGCUACCACGCUGGACGCUCUCUUAGGUGUUUUCGGCUCAAAUCAAGCUUCCGGGUUGCUUUUCUAACGCACUAGUGACGACAGGAUGGCCUACCUGCACUGUUAAAAAAUGAUUGUACAGAAACAAUCAGAUGAGUGAAAAUUUAGUCGUUCCAAAACAUAGAAUUUCAUCAUGAACCAAAGCGAAACAAAUGUCGUUGAGUCUAGUAAGCGACAUUUUGUCGUUGAAGAACAAAAUUCUUGUUAUCACUCUUUACGAUACAAUUUGUGUGGAAACAAACAUCUUUUGCAAUUAUCUGCUCAAUUAAAGCAUAUUAGGAAUAAUCAUCUAUUUUGUUCUUUUACGUCAUAUGGAAAUUACUAUUGUUAAAAAAACCAUGCAAAAUAAAUUUAGGGACAAAAGUA